GAUCAGCGAUCUAAUCUUCAAGUACAUGGAGAACGUGGAAAUGUUUGGCGCGACGGGUCCUCUUGCGUUCGGCCCCAACGGCGACAGAUAUGGCAUCAAGUUGAAAAUAGAGCAACAAAUUGAUGGCGUGAUGAAGACCGUCGGAGUAUACGACACACUGAACGACACGCUCAACUGGCUGUCAUCCGACCGACUGACGUUUAGAGGCCCGGAUCCUCGCGCACCGCCAAGAGACUCCGUGAUGAAGUACAAAGAGUUGAGGAGCGUCUCGUGGGAACUCUUCUUGACGCUGUCCGUCUUAGCAAUAUGCGGCAUCGCCUUUGCAUUGGUGAUGCUGGUGAUUAACAUCAAGAACAGACACGAAAAGGUUAUAAAGAUGUCGAGUCCACGUGUAAAUAACAUCAUAGCCGUUGGAUGCAUUCUAUGUUACACGUCAGUCGUCGCGUUCGGCAUAGACAGGAACGUAGUAAAAAGCGAUGACGGACUCAUAGUUGUUUGCGCCUGUCGGGCUUGGCUGUUGUCGAUGGGAUUCACUAUGGCGUUCGGCGGACUAUUCAGCAAGACGUGGCGAGUCUACGCGAUAUUCACGAGCAAAGAUAAAAAUAAGAGAGUGAUAAUUAGAGACGAACAUCUGUAUGGGUUGAUAACGGCAUUUAUGGUAAUCGACGUCGCCAUCUUGAUUUCAUGGCAAGUCGUCGAUCCGCUCGUUCCCCGUCUAGUCGAACUCCCCGAAGAGGUGAACAAGGAAAACGACCUUGUCAUACAGCCGAUGUCGGAAGGAUGUCAAAGUUCAAGCCAGUACAAGUUCCUCGGCAUGAUUUAUGGCUACAACGGUCUGCUUCUUAUUAUCGGCGCCUUUCUGUCCAUAGAGACCAGGUUUGAACGAUUUCAACAGCCAUGCGGAUUUGCACUCGUAUUACUGAACGCCUCUGAUGCGCUGUAAACAAUAUAAACCCAUAUAAACAAUAUACGCCCUAUAAACGGGCCCGACCUGUUUAUUGUAAAAUGCAUGCUCAUCAUGUUCAUGUGUAAUCAGAUUAUAUUUGCACGGAAAUCGUAUCGUUUGCUACUUGGAGAAUAACAAAUCAAAUGGCAGGAUAUAAGUAACAAGUCUAAUUAGCAGACAACUGUUCGCUUAUUGCCCAACAAUAUAUGUCCUCGGUUUAAAAAUGACAAAGCUUGUUGUGGUUGGCCCUUAUAUACAACGAGUAGUGUAUGAUCUAGUUGAGCCCGUUGAUGUAGUUAAUUCACGCUAUUUAAUUAAUUAUUUAAUUGGCGUCGUGUAAAGCAGGUUCGACCAUAUUUCUCCGUCUCUACUAGAAUUAUACAUUUCUACACACAUCAACUGAAAUAUGCUUACUGAAAUUCUCAUGUAAACAAACUAGUCCAAAAGCUAGUCGGUGAGAUUUGCCUCAUUAGGUUCCCAUUCCUAUACCGAUUAUCGUGCUAGUGCAAUAUUUGGCUUCCCCUACAUCUCACCGAUAGGUUACCCAUGCAUUUCUUUCGAUCGUAAGCUCUCUAUGUAUGAGGCUACCCUGUUGUUACAUAUUCAACUUCUCAUAACAACACUACAAUUCGGAUACAUUUACUCUACAAUGCUGUUAAUUAUGUUGUGCCGGCACACGAUAUACGUCAUCGUCGUUAGCUCAAAUUCUAACUGCUCGUCUGUUUAUUACAUGCUUGCUCUUUCUGUGCGGCCCUAUCUGGGUUACAUGUUCUCGCUAUACCGUUUUAGUUAGGCCUCUUGAGCUGUAUGUGCUAGAUUGCUUAGUUUCUUCUAAUUGACGCACAUUCAGUCUCGUUGACUUCUACUCUCAGAUUGGCAGCCUUUGCUUUGUUUCGUUCACUCUCGUGUCACUUGGAUAGAUGUCGCUGCUCGUAAACCCGAUAAGGCCGUAUUGCUGUGCUGACGCCAUAGCGUGAGACUACUAGUUUCUGCUGUUCCAUGAGGUCUCGUCGAAACCGGCUCCAGCCCAUAUUCUUUUUUAUAUGUCGCCUGGUUGGAAAUGUGUCAUCGCGUUUAGUUAGUGGUCAUGUUGCACAUGAAGCGCUGGUAUCACCAGAUCCUUACUUCUGCAUUUCUGGUCAGUAUCACCAGUGCCCCCCUUACAGUAGUUCCAGUGACCGUGCUUAGCUUAUCAUUUAGCAUAUAUAGCUUCAGGUAUUUAUGUGUGAAGUGUUCAUGCAAUUUUUUAUUAUUUAGAAUAA